GAGAGGGACCCGGAUGCUGAUGCGAGAGAGGCGAAGGAAGAGCGGAGAGAAAAUAUCGAUUUACGGCAAAGAUUCAGAAGGGGAGCGUCAUGCAGUGGGCCUUGACACUGCGUGAACUCAAAUAAUUACAAAGGACCAAAAGAGUUUGAGAUUAGCCCGCCAUAAUCUGUGGAUAUUUGUGUUUUGUACCUGUGUGCGGAGCGGUGAUGGGGAGGACACUCCAGAGGAGAGCGCAGAAGAUGCUGUGAUCCGCUACUUGAGGGAGAGACGGGGAGAGUCAGGGAGGGGGGGCGCUAGGCUACGCUAAAGAUGCUAGAAAGAAUAAGCACUUCAACUCCAAAUAAUGUGACAAUGUGGCGACAGGGCUACAAAACGUAUCGUUGGUCGAUGUCCAGAAACUUGUGGAACUGUGAAUUAUUUUGACAGGCGGUGUUGGUCAAGGCGUCGAAGCUAAAGCUAGCCUCACAGCUCUAGGUGAGCUGAGGCUAAUAUAGCAUGUUUUAAACCUAAAAUACAACGCUGUUGUAUUUUUAGACUAUUUCACUGACGCAUUUAGGUUUAUGUGCUUUAAAUGGGAAAUCAUUCUCGCUUCAAAUUUGAAUAAAGGCUUGACUGGAGGCAUUGUGAUGUCAUUAGGCCUAUGUAAAUAUGUGGUAGAUAUGCACAAGAUAAACAAACUUCUAGACUUUAAUCAAACUUAUUCGUUUUGUUAAAUUGGUAAUAAACUACUUGUUCGCCAUUUAGAGCACUGUUACAGAAUGUUCAUUAGAUAAGUUUAGGCCUCAUGCAGGAAUUCUGUAGUAAAUUCUAUCAACCAAUAUGUAAAAAGAUAAUGUUAUUGUGUCAAUGAAAUUAUUCGUGAUAUAGAUUAAACCUCAUAUUAAUAUAUUGGCCCUCCAUGAUCAAAUUUGCUGUUGCAAUAGCUACAGUGCUGUAUAAGUCCUGGUAGUCGUCCCUCAGCAUCCUUUUAAGCAUUAUGAGUAAGGAACUGUCACUAAGUCAGUCUGCUCAAUAUGUUGGGCCCUAUCGACUGGAGAAAACAUUGGGAAAGGGGCAGACAGGCCUGGUCAAGCUGGGGGUCCACUGUAUUACGGGUCAGAAGGUAGCCAUUAAAAUAGUCAACAGAGAAAAACUCUCAGAGUCAGUACUUAUGAAGGUGGAAAGAGAGAUUGCCAUUCUUAAACUGAUUGAGCACCCGCAUGUGUUAAAGCUGCAUGAUGUCUAUGAAAAUAACAAAUACCUAUACUUGGUACUGGAGCAUGUGUCUGGCGGAGAGUUGUUUGACUAUCUGGUUAAAAAGGGCAGACUGACUCCAAAAGAGGCACGGAAGUUCUUCAGGCAGAUCAUUUCUGCUUUGGAUUUCUGCCACAGUCACUCCAUUUGUCACAGAGACUUGAAGCCUGAAAACCUGCUCUUAGAUGAGAAAAACAACAUCAGGAUUGCAGACUUUGGCAUGGCCUCCCUACAGGUGGGAGACAGUCUGCUAGAAACCAGUUGUGGGUCACCUCAUUAUGCCUGCCCUGAAGUUAUACGGGGUGAAAAAUACGAUGGUCGAAGAGCAGAUGUGUGGAGCUGCGGAGUUAUCCUCUUUGCUCUUCUAGUGGGCGCCUUGCCGUUUGACCACGACAAUUUACGCCAACUGCUGGAGAAGGUGAAGAGCGGAGUGUUCCAUAUGCCACACUUUAUUCCUCCAGACUGCCAGUCGCUGCUCAAGGGCAUGAUCGAGGUCAACCCAGAAAAAAGGCUCACGCUUGAAUGCAUUCAAAAGCAUCCUUGGUAUCAGGGUAGCCGUAGUGAGCCAUGUCCUGAGCAGCCCCCUCCCAGACGAGUGUGUGUAAGACGAAUCCUGUCCCUGACUGAGCUGGACCCAGAUGUGUUGGACAGUAUGCACUCACUGGGGUGCUUCAGAGACAGAGUCAAACUCACCCGGGACCUGCAAUGUGAAGAAGAAAACCAGGAGAAACUUAUUUACUACCUACUGCUGGACAGAAAGGAGCGUUACCCUAGUUAUGAGGAUGAGGAUUUGCCCCCACGCAAUGACAUAGUAGACCCCCCACGGAAGCGUGUUGACUCUCCAAUGUUGACACGCCAUGGGCGCUGUCGCCCUGAGAGGAAAAGUCUGGAGGUCCUGAGUGUGACUGAACAGGGGUCUCCCACCCCUCCUCGCAGGGCUUUAGACACAGCUGCCCACAGCCAGAGGUCUCGUUCAGUCAGUGGAGCAUCAACUGGUCUCUCGUCAAGUCCUCUGAGCAGCCCUCGGUCCUAUCAGAGCCCUGUGUUCACUUUCAGCCAAUCAGAUGUCACUUCAGCUUCUACUACCCCUCACAAAAAGGAGACCAAACAGGGGAGCACCACCACUCAACGCCUGGCACGCGCUCCUGAAAAGCCUAAAGCUUCCCAGACUCCAAAGACACAAACCUUACCCACCAAAGGACCCACUGAGCGCCCACAUCUGCAGCCCAUCAAAUCCCUGCCCCUCCACAACCCAUCUUCACCUUCCCCAUCUCCCCUCCUCUCACCCAUUCCUCGCUUCUUCUUCCCGUCGUCCUCUGUCCUAAAGUCUGUGACAAAGAGCUUCUACCCAAACUGUGCCCACUCUGUGCCGCAGGUGACGCCUCAGGGCUCGCCACUACCCACACCGCUGGGCACCCCUGUCCACCACCCUCACCACCCUUCCUCCACCCCGCCCUCCUCUUCCUCGUCCUCAUCCUCUUCGCGGGCCGAUGGAGGGGGAGGCGUGGGUUCACUAUCACUCACCCCUCCCUCCAGUCCUGGGGGAGGGAGUGGCAUGGCAGCCAGUAGCUCCGCCCACUGGAGAACCCGCCUCAACUCAUUUAAGAACAACCUGCUCGGGUCUCCGCGCUUUCAUCGCCGCAAAUUGCAAGUUCCAACGUCGGAGGACAUGUCCAGUUUAACACCAGAAUCAAGCCCAGAACUGGCUAAGAAGUCCUGGUUUGGGAAUUUCAUUGGCUUAGAAAAAGAGGAGCAGAUCUUUGUGGUGAUCCGAGAUAAACCCUUGAGCUCUGUCAAAGCCGACAUAGUCCACGCCUUUCUGUCUAUCCCGUCCCUCAGCCACAGCGUCCUCUCGCAGACCAGCUUCAGAGCCGAGUACAAGUCCUCCGCCGGCCCCUCCGUCUUCCAGAAGCCCGUCAAGUUCCAGGUGGACAUUGCCUUCUCCGAGAGCGAGAGAGAGCGUGGCGACAGGGAGAGCAGGAGGGAGACGGGGAUCUACAGUGUGACGUUCACCCUCAUAUCAGGUCCGAGUCGCAGGUUCAGACGAGUGGUGGAAACAAUUCAAGCGCAACUUCUCAGCUCCCAUGAUCAGCCGUUGAUGCAAGCCCUAUGUGAUGAGAAGAACGGCCGGCCCCACGGGACCCCCACCCGCCAAAAUUCCAGGCGCUCUGAGGGUGGGGGCGACCGGUGUGACUGGGGAGACCGCACAGAUGGCAGUGGAAUCGGAGGCAGUGGAGGAGUCCUGCAGCGUAGAGGCUCAGCCAAAGAGAGGACCCGACUUCUAUCCUCCAACGGAACACAGUCCCAGCCCUAAGGAAGUGGACCAUGGGACAUCUGGACCUCAGCAGAAAGAAGACAAUAUAACCUCUACUUUGUGUCCCUUCCACUCAUCAGUAACUCCUAUCCUUUCUUAAAUAAGCUAUAGAAAGUUCUUGUCUAUAGCAAGGACGGAGCCAUUUUCACAGUGCGCUUUUUUCCAGUACUUGGUAUCACCAAAAUUCCUUUCACCGGAAACAGUGUAGUCAUCACUGUAUUCAGUAAUUACUCUCAAAUAAACCAUUUAAUAACAUAAAUUCUGCUUCAUAGAUCACAUAGCAAUUCUGAAGUGCAAAUGUGCAUGCCAGUUAGCAAACCAGCCUGCUAAUAGUCACACUUCUAAAGUAUUUGAUGCCAAAAAGAAUCAAAAGAACCAUUACCCUGCAGCAAUCACAAACAAUAAGCCACCCAUGUGGAAAGAAUCCAUGAGUGGUCCUAGGUGUAGGAAUAGACCUUUUCCAAUAGUUCUCUCUUGUCAAAGUAACCUCUGUGAAUGUUUAUUUAUUUAUUCAUUUUUUGUAUUUAUUUAUCAUGAUGAAGAUGUCUACAAGAAAAUCUCCAGCGUUGUAAAAGGGACUUUUGUUUUUGAUUUCAUCAAGAACAACUUGAAGCAAUGCUUCCAUUUUAAAGUGGACCCUUCUUAUUCUGAAGAUUAAAUAUUUUUUAUUUGAACAUAUAUUGACAAUUAUGACAUGGAAGAUUACACUAUUCGUGAAUAGUGAUUUGUGG